AUGUCUCGCCAGUGUGCUGCCAGGAUCCAGUGCAGAACCGGCUUCAGCGCUGCCUCUGCCUUCAUCCCAAACGCCAGCAGCACCAGCUUCUGCUCACGUUCUGCAUCCCAAGGCGUUGCCACCAUUGGGAAUGGAAGAUUUGGUGGAGGUUUUGGAAGCAGGAGCCUCUACAGUCUUGGUGGAUGCAAUAGAAUCUCCGUGGCAGGAAGGGGUGGUGGCUUCUGUGGACCUGUAGCUUCUGGUGCUGGCACUGGGAUCUCCUGUGGGUUUGCUGGUGCAACUGGUGGUGCCUUUGGGUUUGGUGGUGGCAUGGGUGGCCCUGGAUUCCCUGCUGGGGGCAUCCACGAAGUCUCAGUCAACCAGAGCCUUCUGAAACCUCUCAAUCUGGAGAUUGACCACAGCAUCCAGAACAUCCGGAAGGAGGAGAAGGAGCAGAUUCAGACCCUCAACAACAAAUUUGCCUCCUUCAUUGACAAGGUCCGAUUCCUUGAACAACAAAACAAGGUCCUGGAGACCAAGUGGGCCCUUCUGCAAGAACAGGGGAACAAAACAGUCAGGAACGACAUCGAGCCCCUCUUUGAGACCUACAUCAACAACCUCCGGAGACAGCUGAACAGUUUGUUGACCGACAAGGAGAACCUGGGCGGGGAGCUGAACAAGGUGCAAAGUGUCGCUGAGGACUUCAAGAACAGGUAUGAAGAGGAGAUCAACAAGCACACGGCUGUCGAGAACGAAUUCGUGAUCCUGAAGAAGGAGGUGGACGCUGCCUACAUGAACAAAACAGAGCUGCAGACCAGGCUGGACUCCCUUGCAGAGGAGAUAGAUUUCCUCAGAGCCCUCUAUGAAGCCGAGCUGUCUCAGAUGCAGACCCAGAUCUCCGACACCUCUGUCGUCCUCACCAUGGACAACAACCGCAGCCUGGACAUGGACAGCAUCAUCGCCGAGGUGAAGGCGCAGUACGAGGACAUCGCCAACCGCAGCCGGGCUGAAGCCGAGUCCUGGUACCAGUCCAGGUACGAGGAGCUGCAGGCUACAGCCGGCCGGCAUGGGGACGACCUCCGCAACACCAAGCAGGAGAUCUCCGAGCUCAACCGCCACGUCCAGCGCCUACGCUCUGAGAUCGACAGCGUGAAGAAACAGUGCGCCAGUUUGCAGACAGCCAUCGCAGAUGCCGAGGAGCGCGGGGAGAUGGCCAUCAAGGACGCCCGGGCAAAACUGGCCGAGCUGGAGACAGCCCUGCAGAAAGCCAAGACAGACCUGGCCCGGCAGCUCCGCGAGUACCAGGAGCUGAUGAACGUCAAGCUGGCCCUGGACAUCGAGAUCGCAACCUACAGGAAGCUGCUGGAGGGCGAGGAGUGCAGGCUCUCUGGAGAAGGUGCCACUGCAGUGAAUAUCUCUGUGACCAGAACCUCUGUGGGGACGGGAUAUGGAAGUGGGAACUGUCUCAGCUUCGGCGGCAGCAGCGGGGUCGGAGGUGGGGUCUGUGCUGGAGGAAUGAGCUUCAGCUCAGGAAGUGGACGAGGUGCAGCCGGGUCGUGCACGGUUGGUGGAAGCAGCUCCAGCACAAAGUACGUCUCCACCACCUCUUCAACCAAGAGAUGCUACUGAAGCCAGACACCAAGGUUCC